CUAAACUUGCAAAUCUGAAGCACCGCCGUCUGUUUCUCCAUCGAAUUUCAUCUUUGAGCCCUAAUUUCUUCUUCUUCUUCUUCUUCUUCUUCUGCCGCCGAUUGGAUUCACAUUCGCACACCACUUUCAAAUCUCGGUCAAGCAUAUUUGUAUAAUUACUGCGCUUCUUGUUCUGAUCUGUUCCCGCUUCAACAUUUUCAGCUACAGCGAGAUUCUUGGACAUUUGUUACUGUACAAAUUAUGAGGGGUAGGAGUUAUACUCCAUCGCCGCCAAGGGGUUAUGGGAGAAGGGGACGGAGCCCUAGCCCUAGGGGGCGCUAUGGUGGACGUGGAAGGGACAGGGACCUUCCCACUAGCCUUCUAGUUCGUAAUCUUCGCCAUGACUGCAGGCCCGAGGAUCUUCGUAGACAAUUUGGACAGUUUGGUGCUAUUAAGGACAUAUACCUUCCGAAGGAUUAUUAUACUGGAGAACCACGUGGUUUCGGUUUUGUUCAAUAUGUAGAUCCUGCCGAUGCUGCUGAUGCUAAACACCAGAUGGAUGGCUGUGUUCUUCUUGGUAGGGAGUUGACUGUGGUAUUUGCUGAGGAAAACAGGAAGAAACCAUCUGAUAUGAGGGCAAGGGAGAGAGGAAGUCGCACAAACAGUGGACGAUUUCAUGAUCGAAGAAGGUCUCCUCCACGAUAUUCUCGUUCGCCUCGUUACUCUCGUUCCCCGGCUCCACGCCAUGCAAGGUAUUCUCGUUCACCAGCUCCACGCCAUGCAAGGUCUAGGUCCCGUAGUUAUGAUUACACUUCCCCACCACCAAAACAAAGGGCAUGCUCUAGGUCGGUGUCCCCCCGUGACAGACGGGACAGUCGAGAGAGGUCAUACCCUCGGCAGCCUAGCCGAGGUAGGUCAUACUCCCAGUCUCCACGUCUCAAUGGUUCAAGAAGUAGAAGCCAGAGUCCAGCGAGGGGCGGUAGCCGAAGUCAGAGUCCAGCGAGAGGCCGAAGUCGGAGCAGAAGUGUCAGCCGGAGCAGAAGUCCACGACGAAGUCCGAGGCAUGAAGAAGAGUACAGAAGUGAUCCAAAUGGAGAUAGGAGCCCUAGUCAGUAACCAACCCGCUAGAAACUUGGAAAGAAACAACUACAAUGUACUAUUGCCCCGCUUUAGGCUUCUCUCCCUUUGUAUUGUUGAGUAGUGUCUGUUUGAUGUUCUUAGGAUUUUAUGGCUUAUCAAAUUAAUUGUUGAGUACUUUUUUUGCUUUCUUUCAUGAUGUGAUGAUGCAUUGCUCUUAAAUAAUGUUUUCUUUUUGGAA